CUAGCCAAGUCAGUGUCCCCUUCUAGUGCAAGCCGCUUGCAGUCACUGGGCUCGCGUGGGAGGGACCACUCGGUGGCAUGGCUAACGAAGGCUUGCAUAUCAUCUUGGUCCAUGUUUGUGGCACUGCCGGCGCGCUGACGACACGCAGCGGGCGCGGAGAAGCAAGAAAUAUGGGGCAGCCGCGCCGCGAGGUACAAUCACUCCCCCCACCCGCCCCGCUCACUCAUUCCGCGGUGAAUGCAAGUCUGGAUCAGGCAGAGUCCUGGAAAGCGACUUCCCAGGAUCCAGCAACUCCGUGGAGACAUGAUGAGAUUUUCCCGGCGGGCUGCUGUGUUUUGUGAACAGCACUGGAGCCCUACCGGGGUGAUCAUUAGAUAAGGAGGAGGAAGGCAGGCUCCUCACCAUGGGUUACAAUGCAAGCUGGGUUUCGGGCAACGAAAGUGAACGCGGGCCCUAUCAGGCUGUCACCAGGGCUUUGAACGCAUCCAGUGCACACAUUGUGGGGAUCAACAGAAGCGCCCCUUGGAUCGGGACUUUAGGAGACGAGGGGGACCAGGAAGAACAGACGUAUAGACAUUUUACUACCACUGUGCAAAUUGUCAUCUUUAUAGGCUCUCUACUAGGGAACUUUAUGGUCUUGUGGUCGACGUGCAGGACAUCAGUUUUCAAGUCGGUAACCAAUCGGUUUAUUAAGAAUUUGGCCUGCUCUGGGAUCUGUGCCAGCCUCGUCUGUGUGCCUUUUGACAUUGUCCUUAGUGCCAGUCCACACUGCUGCUGGUGGAUCUACACCAUGGUCUUCUGUAAGAUCAUCAAGUUCCUGCAUAAAGUCUUUUGCUCAGUAACCAUCCUGAGCUUUCCUGCCAUUGCUCUGGAUAGGUAUUAUUCCAUUUUGUACCCACUGGAAAGGAAAAUAUCAGAUGCCAAGUCUCGAGACCUGGUGAUUUACAUCUGGGCCCAUGCAGUAGUGGCCAGCAUUCCUGCAUUUGCUGUGACCAACGUGUCAGAUAUUUAUGCCAUGUCCACUUGCACUCAGCCCUGGAAUUACUCCAUUGGCCACUUAGUGUAUGUCAUUAUUUACAACGUUACCACUGUGAUUGUGCCAGUAGCUCUGGUGUUUCUCUUCAUGAUCCUCAUCCGCAGGGCGCUGAGUGCCAGCCAGAAGAAAAAAGUCAUAAUUGCUGCCUUAAGAACCCCUCAGAAUACCAUUUCUAUUCCUUAUGCCUCCCAGAGGGAAUCUGAACUUCAUGUCAUGCUGCUGUCCAUGGUUAUGAUUUUUAUUUUCUGCAGUAUCCCCUACAUGACUUUGGUAAUUUACCGCUCUGUACUCAAUGCUUCUGACACUUCAGUGUUCUUGCUUCUCACUGCCAUCUGGCUGCCUAAGAUAUCAUUGCUAGCCAACCCUCUGCUCUUCCUGACUGUUAACAAAUCUGUACGUAAAUGUUUAGUAGGGACAAUUGUGCAGCUACAUCGAAGGUAUAGUAGGAGGAACAUUGUCAGCUCUGGAGUUGCCGGGGAUGCCAAUCUGGAGCCUCAUGUCCGUUCUGGUAGCCAGCUUCUAGAGAUGUUUCACAUUGGGCAGCAGCAGAUUUUCAAACCCACGGAGGACGAGGAAGAGAAUGAAACAAAAUCUAUUGGCUCUACUGACUAUCAGCAGAAGGAAAUCCCUACAACCAGCUUAGGUGUAACACAGUCUUUAGUUCAGAGGCCGAUGCCGCAAGCAGUUGCAGACUCUUCAGCGCAAGUGGCUCCAGUGAUGCCAACAGAAGCAGAACUGGCUAAUGAGAAGUAUUCCAUGCAGCUAGGCUUUGGGCCUUUUGAGCUGCCUCCACAAUGGCUGUCAGAAAAUCGGAACAGUAAGAAGCGACUACUGCCUCCUUUGGGGAAUACCCCUGAGGAGCUCAUCCAGACAAAGCAGUCCAAGUGUAAAGGAGAAAGAAAAAUUAGCAGGAACAAUAAAGUCAGCAUCUUUCCCAAGGUGGAUUCCUAGUAUAAGCAGGGACUCUUUAUAAUGAGACAAGACUGCCUUUUUGCAUAUAUGUGAUCCUAUGGAUCUUUGUUAGACUGAAAUUUACUAAAGGCUUAUUUUUUGUGCCAAUUCUGUAAAAACAAAAUGAAACUUAAGUGUUCCUUAGGAAUGGGUUUUGGUACAAGAAGUAUCUAAUCUUAUCUAUUCCUCUACAUUCAUUCUUCAUUUGCAACCAGAGCUGAUUAACUUCCAAAAAGGUGUUUUUGGGCCCUUCCUGCCCCACGGAUUGCUUCUUCCUCUAUGUCCUAUUGUAAUCUUUAAGAUCAGCCAAGUGCAGCAAGUUUGUAUAAUAAGCACACACAGAGACAUUCUGAUGCUGUUUGCACAACUGAAACCUGGGUGGGACAAGUGUCCUACCUAGGCUUGGGAGCUGUGCGAGCUUCCACUUUUCAGUUGUGUGGGAGCAAACAGGUAAAAAGAGGGAGAAGUGUUUGUGUGGGAGACAGGAACUUUCAUACCCAGAAGCAUUUAACCAGGCAGUUAAAUGGUCCUACCCAUUUAGGCAGAAUGGUGGUCCUACCCAGCUUCUGUCUCCCACACAAUCACUUCUCCUUCCUUCUACCUAUUUGUUUACUUUCACACAACUGAAAAUUAGGAGUGUGCACAGCUUCCAAAUCUGAGGAUGAUAUGCGUCCUACCCAGUUUUCAGUUGUGUGAUAAGUCUCUCUGUGCAAGUGUUCUACACUUAUGGAACUGCAGGGAAGGGAAUUCAAUAGAUAAGAAACUUAAUUUUGAAUUCCUUUCCCUGGAGCUCCAUAACUUUUUCUGCUUCUCCAUAGUCGGAGCAUCUUCUAGAAGAACUACAUGAACUUUAAAUAUGGGAUAGUUUUUAGUGGACAGAAUUGAACAAUUCAAUGAUAUUUUAUAAUUUAGUAUUUUUUUCCCUCCUGGUCUUUUACACUUUGCUUUUAUCUUAAAAGUGUUUUAACCUGCUUCAUGCUGUUGAGGCAAGUAUGGGCUAAAUAAAUACAUAUGAUGUGGGGCACAUUGCCUAUAAAAUUUCCAUUCAGGACAUUUUAUAAGCGAAAUACUGUGGGUUUUUAGAAAAAAUUAUCUGUGCAGCAGCAAAAAUCUAAUGGUGAGAAAAUAUAUAGGAUACCUGGAAAUACCUUUUUAAAAACUCAAUAUCAUAAAAAUGGGCAUAGAAAAUGCUAAAUAUUUUUUCUUGAAGCAUAAAUUAUUGUAAUGAUCAUUGUGGUAAGAAAGAUCCCAAUGAUACUUUGUACACAACAGAGGAUUUCCUGUGCUUACUCAGUACAGCAUUGCCAUUUCCUUAGUAAAAUGGCAUUAUUAUUAUUAUUAUUAUUACAUUUAUAUCCCGCUCUUCCUCCAAGGAGCCCGGAGCAGUGUACUACAUACUUGAGUUUCUCUCUCACAACAACCCUGUGAAGUAGGUUAGGCUGAGAGAGAAGUGACUGGCCCAGAGUCACCCAGCUAGUUUCAUGGCUGAAUGGGGAUUUGAACUCGGGUCUCCCCAGUCCUAGUCCAGCACUCUAACCACUACACCACGCUGGCUCUUAAGUUAUUAAGUUAUUAAGGUAGUGGUCACUAUUUUAUUUGUUAUAAUGUCCUUAGGAGUCCCUAAGACUACAACAGGAAUGCUUGCUCCAGAGUAAGGAAUCAUGUGGAUUAGCUGUGUUUUUUUAAAUAAAAAAUUGCUCAUUCCCAGGGUUUACAUGUUAGAAAAUAUUUCUCAAGCAUGGCUUACAGCUUCAGACUGUGAGACAGUCCAGUUUUUUUAAAUUAAAAUUAAUUGUGUUUUUUGAGCAACAUCCAGGCUAAGGUAAUCAUGAGUAAGUCCCAUUGAAGUUAAUGGGACUUAAGUUUGUCACCUAGGGCUUAACUAGUUUGGAUGUUGCCUAUUAUUUGCACUCCAGUUAUUUUGCUUGUGAUUCUCCAUAUUUUCAUUUAUGUGAAAUUGGAUCCAACUUCAUCUAGGUUGACUUUAGCUUAUCUUGGCUUGUCUGUAUAAAAAUGAAGGAUUUUAAAACAGAUAAUUUCACAGAUAAUUACUCUGGUAUAGUUCUUUUGAGCUCCAAGGGAUGGUUUCAUCCAGUGUGGCUUGUGACACCUUACUGAUUUUGUCCAAUACUGAAUGAAAAGACACAGCAUUUAUUUGAUUUGUGUUCCUGAUUUUUUAUUUAUCCAAACUGAUAUGCAAAUUGUUCGGAGAAUAUGGAAAUACACAGAAAAACCUUGGAUAAUUAUAAUAAUUAUUGGAAUAACUUUGCUAAAUAAUAUUUUCUCAAAAAGAAAUUAAUGGGGGGUUGGGGUGGGGGACGCUUGCAAGAUUUCCUUUAAAGACCAGAGAACAUUUAUAUCAUUUAAAACAGAAGCUACUGAAAAGCAAUGACACGCUUCUGUUCCCACAGAUGCAUCAUUAGGCCAUUUUGUGGCUGUGAACCAAAGGCACUUAAAUGCGAUCAUGAUGGCACAAAGUAAUUUACUGCCUAUCACAUAUUAAAAGGCAGCAUUUUAUAAAUAGCCAAACUGGUCGAAUAAGUUCUGUUCAGGUGGCUUCCUUUGAAAUCCAAAAGCAAUUGUCCUGAUCCAGCAAGGGAGAUCUAAAUACAGGAGCAGUUGUGUGUAGCUCCAUGGGGAAGUGGCUUGAUAUGUCUCCUGCAGAUGCACAUCUGCAUCUGGAACCAUCAGUUGUUACAUAUGUCAGACUGAAUGGGAUUGGGGCCAUUAUCCACAUCUGUCUCUUUCUUUCAAUGUUCAGAAAUAGUUAAUGCCUCUUUAAGGAACAAUUGCUUCAUAAGCGGUUGGUGAAUUACACCAUUAUGAAGGGUGAGUGGCUUUGUUCACCAUCACUCUUGGAAAAGAGGGUCUUCCUUAAUCUUGUUCUGUAAAAUAAAUACACAUCUGCAUAAUGUAAGACAUGUCUAUAUGUAAAUCCUUCCUCCCUAUUCCAUGCAGCGAGCAACAGACAUUGCAAAUCAAAGCCUGUUAGAACAAACUGCCUACACUGUGCUUAAUCCCCUUCCUGCCUCUUGGGUAUCAUGAAUGUGGUUUAUUACGUAUUGCACUCUCUAAGCCAACCCAGAAACUACUUUGUCUCUUCCACCUAUUAAUCUGCAAACAGUCCUUUUCUUUCUCAUUAUUUGUGGCCACUGUCGUUCCUCAAAAGCACAAAAUUUAUAGCACUCUUGGAGCCCUUGCACUCCUGCUUGACAGUAGAUAUUUGUGCAUGCUGAGCCACUGGGUGGGAUUCUGCGUGUUUAUUAAAGUACUUUCCCCUCUAAGGUGCAUUUUUCAAAAAGAACAAAAAACUCUUUGCCAUGUUUAUAACAACCAACUAUAUUUGAGCAACAUGAUAUUUAAAGCAAGAAACCCUGCAUAAGCAGUCCUUAUGGGACAUGGGUGUUCUUCCUUGUGUAUUUCUGAAGCUUCUGAGGGGGAUCUUAGAGUUAUUUCUACAUGUUACUCAUAACAAACUUUGCAAUAAAACAUACGUAUAAUUUAUUACUAUAGUA